AUGCAGACUCAAUCGCCGUUCGGUCCGCUGCUCGGCCUGCCGCAAAUGAUGCCGUCGCCGGCGGGCGGACAUCUCGCAACCGCCACCUCGCAACCCGUCUCCCUCGCCACGUUCCCGUCCGCUUUUGCGGCGUUCGCCUCGCAGAUCCGCAACACACAACUACAAUCGCUGCUCCAGUCACAGAUCCAGGCGCUGAACGGAUCGGGCGGUCCCGGCGGUGGGACCCCGCUGGCUCGGCACUACGGCGGACCGGGACCACAAGGACAUGGCGGCAAAGUGAGAGGGGUAAGUACUUGUAAAUAGCCUUCUUGCCUAGUUUUAGGUCUAAACUCGGACAAAAAAGACAUUGAGAAGCGGCUGAGCAUCUUGGGACCACCAUGAUCCGGUCCCUGACAGUUUUCGUUGCAGACCACCGAGUAUCCGCUGCGAAAACGCGUGGGCGGAUCCACAGUGAAGACCGCCAAAGUUUGGCGCUAUUUUGACGAGCUGCCCACCAUCGAACAGGCGGCCGAGUGCCGCAUUUGUCGCAAAAAGAUCAAGGCCACCAAUUCGAGGUACCGUAAUCCGCUUCCAGUACCUUAACAACAAAUGUUCAUAGUGGAGACAACUUCCACGUCAUGCGGCUACCGUAAUCCCACCACUUCCUCCCUUAACGUUUUUUUGUUUUCGACGCGAGAAAAACACUAAUUAGCGAUUCGUUUUCUCCAAGUUUUUCAUUGAAAAUCAGUCGAGCGCAUCGAAAAUCCGUAUUUUUCGGCGCGCCGGAACACUGGAAUUUUUGAUAGUUUUCCGAGGACCACCUAAGGGGGAGCCGAACCGAUAUUGUACACUUUUGAGACUUUUAGCACGACCGGAAUGAUCCGUCACUUGCGAAGUUGCCACGUUCAAGAGUAUCAGCUCGUGCAGGAGGCCCGUCAGAACAGCAUGAUCGUCAAAAUGGGUGAGUUUCAGAGUGCCACGUCAUCCUUCCCUAGUACCUAGUCAUACUGUAGUGAUAGUUUUUAAAGUGGUCCGUGUUGCCACGUCACGAGAGUACAGUAAUCCUUCCCGAGAACCUCCGAAAAGCGCAAAAGUUGAGGCUGGUUAAAGGUUGACGUGGAAGGAUUACUGUACUCGCGUGACGUGGCAACACGGUUUUCCCGAAGUUGAUGAAACCACUAGGAAAACUUUUAAUUUCUAUGGGGCAUCAGAUCACAGAUCCAUUUGCCAUUGAUUCCCCCCAAAAAAAAAAGUCGUUGCGCAACCGUCGCCCUCUCUCUCUCAUUUUGCUUUUUGCUGUGUUUCCUCCGAACCGGUCCCCCCAUUCUUAACGUCCAGAUAUUGUCCAGUUAUUUCUUAAAGGGAGGGGAGAGAGAGAGAGAGAGAUGGUCAGCAAAUGCAUAGGAAGAAGAAGAAGAAGAAGAAGAAGCUGGUUGCGCAACGAUUGCGUCGGCGCGCAUCUUCGGAGACUUACCUGAUCGUUUAGGGGACCAAAUUGCAAAAAAAAAAAAACCCGUCGCCACCACGUCAAGCAAUCGUGUUCGAGGCGGCGCGAGAUUACUGUAGUUUUUAGUUUUAAUGCAAAAAUGCGCGAUUUUUGAAAAAUUCCCCCCGCACAUCUGUUCCAGAAGCCUUGGCAACGAGGUAAUUGGGUGGGGAUGCGUUCGGAAGAUAAGAAGAUCGCAUCGGGAAGGUUCUCUGGCGCCAGGUGUUCCGAGACAUGCCCGAAACCUUGAAAUGAAACUUGUUUUUGGGGGGGAGGAAAUCCGAAUUGGAAGGUGUUUGAAAGCGGUAAUUGUCAGGUUUCGUAGUGGUAUUGGUCAACUUGAGCGAAAACCUUGUUGCCACGUCAUGAAGAUAAAAUAGUGUUGCGCCUAAACGUAGCUAGGAUGAAUAGGAGCUUAAACCGGGAGGUUUUCAUAGUGGGUGCACUGGGAAACCGUUCUAGAAAUUGUGUGUAUUCAAGACAAUGUAUCUCGGUUGCCAGUUGAGAUAUCAAAAAGUUGUCAACUACUAAAAUGCUCAAAAAGACAUUCUGCACACUUUACUAGUUGACCACUUUUUGAUAUCUCCACCCGCCGCUGAGAUAUCUCCAUUCUUUCAAUGCAAACGUUAUCGAAACCUACAAUACUCGAACCAAAGCCUCCAGAAACCUCUAGGGACCAAAAAAAACGUCCAGUUCUCCUUAUUUUUCAAUAUAAUUCUCUAGAAAUCGCCUCUAGACCAUCAAUUUUAUCAAAUUUGCAGAGGAAAAAGCUCGUGCGAAGUUGCUGCGUGAGAUGAACGAGAAGGUGAUAUCCAACGGGAUCGAGAACCAUCCGAUCGUGGUCAAGAAGGAUCCGCCGUCGUCCGAAUCCCAGAAAUCGCCGUCCGCCUCGUCGUCCGCGUCGGACACCGCCUCUUCCGCCUCCUCUUCUCACUUCUCCGGUCUUCACGGACUGCCGGCGCCGGUGCCAAUCAAAUCGAGCAUUUUGAACAUUCAACCAAAGUGCGAGGCGACCGAGAUGGAGGAGGAGGAACCCGAAAAACCGACGGACCUGACGACGGUCCGCACGGGACCAACGCUCACGUCGUCGCCCGCUCAGAAGAGUGCGUCGGCGUUCUGCGCUUUGCCCGUCGACGAGAAGAUGAGCGAGUAUCAGAAGAAAAUCGAGGAGGACCACAAGAUUCAUAUGCAGGUGCGUUCCUCAAGCGAUUCUCUAAAAAAUGCCCUAAAAAUGCCAAAAAAUCCAAAAAACCCCAAUGUUUCAGAUAGCUUUGAUGCUUCUGCUCGAUCAGCAGCCGUCGCACGUGAUAGACCGUCCCGGAUUUCGGUCGCUCUUCAAAUUUCUGCUUCCCGACUAUCAUUUGCCGAGCGGCGAGAUCUUUCAGGCGACGAUUGUGCCGCAGUUGCUGAACCACAUGAAACAACAGAUUGGCGCGAUUUUUAACGGAAAUUCUGGCAAUUCGCUGAGGUUUGUGCACGUGUUUUCGCAGUCUAUGGACACUUUGCAACUGAAAACCGAGUCUAUGGACACUUUGCAACUGGGCUUCUAGGCUCUAGCAGUUGCCAAGUGUCCGUGGGUUCCCGUUGGACACUUUGCAACCACUUUUUCUGGUUCCGGUGGCUGCGAAACGUCCCCUCCCUAAAAAAUUCCUUCAACUAAACCUAGGACACUUUGCAACCGAAUUUCAUAUAGUUGCAAAGUGCCCUAUGGUUGCAAAACGUCCGGAAGUUGCGAAAUGGCGUUUCGGUUGCGAAAUGUCUCUACCCCAACUGUUCUAAUACCUCUAAUACCUUUAAACCAAGUGCGCUUGCUCCAAACUUGUCCCGAAUUGCUCUAAGACAUUUUGCAACCAAAACGGUUUUGUGUUGUGGUUGCAAAGUGUCCUUGGGUUGCGAACUGGCUUCUAACUCCUCCAAACUAUCGCAAGACGUUUCGCAACCGAGAUUUCCGACUUUUUGUUGAGUUGCAAAGUGUCCACCCGGUUUUGCCGCUUUCGAAAUGUCCAAUUAGUGGGGGGGUGCAAAUGUGCCGGGUGUUGACCCACAAACAGUGAUAAAUGGCUCGUCUCUCAAAAUUUCUGGGCGCCAUCGCCACCUCACACAGUGGGGGGGGACCGUCCUCGUCUUUUCCAUGUCAAAUUGAUGGGUUUCGGGAGAGAAAGAGCGAGAAUUUGAACAGAAAGAGAGAGAGAGAGAGAGAGAGAGUGGGAGAUGCCGACCGAAUUGAAUUGAAACAAAGGGAAUGCGAUAGUAGUUGGGGGGAGACAAAUUCGAGAAACUAAGGGGGGGGGACCUAGACGGUCUUUUGGGAACACUAGACGCCCGACGCGCAGCCUAUUGUGAUCUGGUGCCUGAAAGAUCGGUCUGAGUCCUGGUCAAGCCGGCUCCAACGCAAAUUCUUCCGUACUGACGCACGCUAAUCCCGGCAAAGAGCGCUUCGAGUGAGUUUGCAACUGCUCCGACGCACCAUGUAAUGUACCGUACCCCGCUCGAUCAAUCUUUCCGUCGCCGCCGCCGCCACCGCCGCCGACGCACUCUCUUUUUCGCGUUUGUGUCCCCUCCCGGCCCCCCGCCCCCGCCCAAUUUACUGCCUUUGUUCUCGUGUUCCUCCGAUACACUUUUGCGUGUUUGCAGUGUGCCGUGUUCGGAAGUGAUGACGUCACACGUCACCUCGACCACCUCAUCUGCCACGUCAUCAUACGAGGAGGUGUCGGUGAACGAGACGAACGCCGGCGCCGAAGAGAUCGAGACGAUGGAGGAGACUGAGGAGACCGAGGAGACCGAGGAGACCGAGGAGAACGUCGAGGUGCGUCGAGUUGCGAAACGUCCUCAAGUCGGACACUUUACAACCGACUUUUUCGAGUUGUAAAGUGUCUUGAAACAGUUGAAACGGUAUACGGAGAGCUUGGGACACUUUGCAACUAAAUAUCGUGGGUGUCAGAGUUGCAAAGUGUCCAUAUGACUGUAAGACACUUGGCAACCGACUUUUUCGAGUUGUAAAGUGUCUCGAGCCAGUUUCUGGAUCUAUUGAGGCUUCUUGACAUGGUCAAACGACUCUAGAACCAAAUUUUUAUGUUUCCGCAGUUGCAAAGCGUCCUCAGUAGCCAAAAGACGCUUUGCAACUGACUUUUUCGAGUUGCAAAGUGUCCAAAACUAAAUUGCAGAUCGAGGACGACACCUCGUCGGCCUCUUCUUCAAUAGACACGGAGGCGUGCGACGCGAUGUCCUCUUUCAUUCAUUUCAUCGGAAAUGACGCCUUUCCGCACGUAAGUACACUUUGGGGACACUUUGCAACCGUCGUUUUUUUGGUUGCAAAGUGUCCAAAACAACUACCGUAACCCGAAAGCGUUCAGGACGAACUAAUCUCGCUGCUCUCCGUCGUCACCAACAUUUUCGCCUAUUUCUCGACACGACCGCACGUCCAAACCCAUCUGCAGAUGACCGUUUCGCAACCGACGACGCCCCAACUGAUCCAGCAGCUCCGCUUCGUCGCCUCGAAUCUGUCGCGCAUCUCCGACUACAUCCGCCACACGCCCGACAUGCAACUGUUGCCGUUGGCCGCCAAUCAGGAGGGUCUUUUGGAGAAAUUAGUCGAUCAUAUUGAUCGAAUUUGCUAA